GGCAUAUACAGCUUCGGAGAGAAUUUGCGACAGCUAGCGAUCAACCAACCACCCAUCUAAACCGUCAUGACGUCCUUCAACCCACUUGCCGGAGUGAAUCCGUCUGACCCUUUUGGAAUCAGGACCGACUUCGGAGACGUUAAAACAGCCUCAUCUGUUACACCUUCACAUCCAACACAGAUGUUGACCAUUCCUCCUCCUCCUGAUUCACCACCUCGGGCACCAUCAUCCCCACCCCACCCGUGGGUAGUGGAGCUGUCAGACGAGAGUUUGAAAAACGUCAAAAUCGCCACAAUUCGUCUACUGACGUGCGCUAUACGAAAGUAUAGAGAAGAGGUGUGUUACGGAUGUAUCGUUAACCAUCCGAGCCAAAUGCAGCAUGAAUGCAUAUGGGAAACCCCAGAGUUCUAUUUCGCUACACAUUAUGAUGAGAUAGUAAAGAUAUUGUGGACCCCAAGAUUCAUCCCGGCGGUCAGGCUCUUUCUCUGUGCCACCAGCAGCCUGUGGGAGUCACGCAACGAGCUAACAACACCCGUAAAUAUCAUUCUAACUGAAUUGUUGCCUUCAGCAAACAUUGAGCAGGCUAUGAAUGACAUAUUCUUACCUCUGAUGAGUGAAGAUGGGGAUGCAUCUGUUAAAUACGCCCAUCUAGGAAUGAUAGAACACUAUUGGUCUGGAAGACAUAUGUUGUAACAUAAUCAGUGCAUAUUUGUUGUUG